AUGGCUGAUGAUUUCUCUUUAAACAGAGUGUUUGAUACUCGAGGUUUUUAUAAGCCUCCUGAAGAUCUUCUAAAUGAGGCAUUAAUGGCUCAGCCAAAACAAAUGGGAGUAGCUAUUUCUGAGAUCGACAAACCUGCAGGGGAUGAUCCUUCCACCACUGUUGUUAGGUCCGGCAGGCAUCCAAUAAACGUAUCAGAUAGGGGACUCCAUCCAUCUGGAGACCAACAAAAACUUGUCUUCAAUCACUGGAUGGAUAUUUAUCUAAAAAGCCACAAUGUCAAUGCCAUGCAACUGGAUCAGUCGAUACCUGAAGGCCAAAACCAGGAGCUAAGAUCUGGAGACAUUGGCUCUAUCAAUCUUAAACCCAAUCCGGUUUCUAAAGAGUCUUUUCGGGUCCUUGGCAACUACAGGAAUGAGAAGGCACUAUUGAGGGAAGGUAUAUUAAGCAAUCAAAAUAGCAACAGUAGAGUGAGUGGCAAAAAGUUGUCGACAGAAGAUGUAAUUAGGUUGGCUGGAGAAAGAUUCAUUCACUUUUCAAGCAAAAAGCGUGAUGGAUUCACCAACUUUACCAAUCCAUAUGAUCCAGCUCUCAUAAGUUUAACAGUAGAAGACGCGAAAAUGGUGGACCUUGCCCACCUUCUUCUAGCUUCAGCUGAAAAAGUAGGCUACAAGCAGUUUGAAGCUGCAGACAAAUUACUUGUGCAUUGUGAAGCUAUGGUAUCUGAACGAGGUCAUCCGGUUGAAAGAAUCGCCUUUCAUUUUUCCAAAGCUCUAAGAGAAAGAAUCAAAACAGAACGAGAACAUAAUUUUCAUAAUUUAGGAAAUGAUCAGGGAAGAUCUAUUCGCGGACUCCCCACAGGUGUCGAUAUCAUUACUGCAGUGCUACAUCAAGAAGUUCCAUUCAGUAAGGUGAUGCAAUUUGCAUCAAUUCAAAUGAUACUAGAAAACCUUUCAAUGGCAAAAAAAAUCCAUUUAAUUGAUUUUCAGCUUAGAAAUGGAGUUCAGUGGACCCUUUUAAUCCAAGCUCUCUCGGAAAGGAAAACCUUUCCAGUCAAGCUUCUCAAGAUAACUGCUAUUCAGACAUCAGACAAAGAGAGGACUGAGGAUAUCGGCAAGAAGUUGCAAAGCUAUGCCAAUUCCAUGAAUAUUUCUUUUAAAUUCAAGGUAGUUUCCGUGUUAAACAUGAAAGAUCUCAAGGUAGAGUUAUUCGACAUUAGGCCUGGUGAAGCUGUGGCUGUUUACUCUCCAGUUGUACUGAUGACCAUGAUUGGAAGGCCUCAAAACCUUCACACUGUAUUAAAAGUAAUACAAAGGCUGAGACCAGUAGUCAUGAUAGUCAUGGAAGUAGAGGCAAAUACUAACUCACCAGCAUUUGUAAAUCGUUUUAUUGAAGCACUUUUCUGGUACAGUGCAUGGUUUGAUUCCUUAGAAGACUGCAUAGACCGAGACAAUCAAUGUAGAACGGAGGUUGAGAGAAGUUACUUUGGCCAAGGGAUCAAGAACAUUGUUGCGGCUGAGGGAGAGGACAGAACCACAAGGAGCGUGAAAAUUGGCGUGUGGAGGACAUUCUUUCAAAGGUUUAAAAUGGUGGAAAUUGACAUCAGCAAGGCAUCUGUGGAUCAAGCCAACAUGGUUCUUAAGCAGAAAUUUUCUUGUGGAAGCUCAUGCACUAUAUCUAAGAAUAGAAAGUGCCUAAUGGUUGAAUGGAAGGGAACGCCGUUACAUUCUGUUUCAGCUUGGAGGUUCAAGUAA